AUGGCUUUCCUCUGGAUCCUCUCCUGCUUCUCCUUCGCCGGCGCCGCCUACGGUCAGACAGCUUGUGGGACUCCUGCCAUCCCCCCUGACAUCACUGGGUACUCCUACAUCGUGAACGGCGAGGAGGCGCGGCCUCACUCCUGGCCCUGGCAGGUGUCCCUGCAGACCACUAAUGGCUUCCACUUCUGUGGAGGUUCCCUCAUCAAUGAGAGCUGGGUGGUGACUGCUGCUCACUGCAACUUCAGGACGAGGUCCCAUCUUGUGGUUCUUGGAGAACACGACCGCUCCUCCACUGCCGAGGACGUCCAGGUGAAGAGGGUCAGCAGGGUGUUCAGGCAUCCCAACUACAACACCCCCCGCUUUAACAAUGACAUCACGCUCCUCAAGCUGUCCAGCCCUGCCCAGAUAGAAAGGCAUGUGUCCUCUGUGUGUGUGGCCGAGACCGCAGAUAACUUCGCUCCAGGAACAUCGUGCAUAACCACAGGCUGGGGACUGACCAGAGGCAAUGCUCGUCAGACUCCCUCCCUGCUGCAGCAGACUGCUCUUCCCCUCGUAGGCACUGCUCAGUGUAGCAGGGUUUUCCGCGGCACCGCGAUCACUCCCAUGAUGAUCUGUGCUGGAGGAGCCGGAGCCACCAGCUGUUCGGGCGACUCCGGCGGUCCUCUGGUCUGUCUGAAGGACAACGCCUGGACUCUGGUCGGUAUUGUGUCCUUUGGAAGAGCCACCUGCAGUACCAACACUCCCGCCGUGUACGCCCGCGUCACAGCACUGCGCGCCUGGAUAGACCAGACCAUCGCCAACAACUGA